GGAGAUCGACCAAAUCAAGGACAACAAGGAGAAGCCGGCGUAGUGAAUGGUGAAGUAGACGGUGACCUUCAGGCUGCACCAGGUAUUGAAGUACGAGGCGAGAUUCGCGUUCUGGCGCAAACGGUAGUUAUUUCCGACAUUUCGUUCAUAAAUGAAUCUUUCCGUGUCCAUACCGAAAUUACUGCCCUUCCUCUUUCAUCGGAUUUGAGGAAUAUUCAUUUACACCUUGGCUCAUGUAAGAUGCAUUUUCUGGAGUUGCAAGAGCUUCCCACUGCAUUUUCCGUUCCAGGUGCUUUGCUGCCACGUGAAUUGGGAGGCCACGGUAGGAUAACUAUCAAUGGUGCAGACUGUGAUUACUCGCGUUUGACGCAACCGACGCUUGCUGCACAAAGUCCCAACCUUUCGAUCAUGGAAACUCUCCCACAGUACUAUAACUCGAUUAACGAAAAAGACGCAUUUCUUCAAAUAACAAUACCUGAUGCCCUUCGUCUCACCAUCCAGCUGUUGAAGUGCAUUACAAUCGCAGUUGAUGUGGUUGUAGAGAAGCCUACUCAAGGCAUAAAGUUCGUCUAUAAUAUUGCACCGGACGGAACCCUUGAUAAAGGAGCUCACGUCUUUACCUACAGGAGCUCCUUGUUGACAAGUACGACUUGCUUACAAUUUGAAUGUUGUGUGCCAUCUACCUUUGCUGCUCCAUUUUUCGAAAUCUGUGCCAGGUUCAAGUCUAAGUUUUCUGAGGGAUGGCUUUAG